AUGCUGACCUUCGACCCGGCCAAGAGGGCCACCGCGAUAGGGGCCCUGCAGCACCGGUACUUCACGGAGGCGCCCGCACCGCAGGAGCCCAGGUGGAUGCCCACCUGGCGGGAGCACCGGAACGAGGCUGCGAACCCGCGCAACCCCGUGCAGCUGCCCGCGCCGGCGCGGUCUCGGAGGGCCGACGGCCCGGGUGCCAAGCGGGCCGCGCCGCUGGCGCCGCGCUCGGCGGUGUUCGCGGCGGCUAAGAAGGCGGGGCCGAUGAUUCAGAGAGUCCAGGUGCUUCUGCUCGGGGAUGAGGUGUGCGGCAUCUUCGUUUACCAGCAGACUCUGGGAGUCGGCCAGGCUCUGUCGGCGGCUGCGCGGGAGGACUGCGUGGAGCGCGCGGCCGUGCGCCCAUGUGCCAAGGUAUCGAGCGCGGAGGCUAGGCGCGGGGCGACGAAGGGCUUGUGCGAGCAGUUCGCAGUUCAGCCCGAGAGCGGGGGCGAGGUAGUUUCUGCUUCUAUCGCUGGUUGGGGGCUGCGGGCGGGGCCGAUGGAGUCGGUCUCGCGGCCGUUUUUCCGCGGGGGCGGCGUCGAGUCUGGAAGCUUGGGUCUCCGUCGGGCGUGCCGGGAUUCGGCGUAGGGGGAUCUCCGCCCCGUGCGUGGCCCUCGAAGUUGAGGAUUCGGAUGUCGAUUGAAUGGGGGGCUUUGCUCCCAUCGGGUUGGCCCUGGGAGCGCGCGCUCGGGCGGGGCCACAGAGCGCCGCGGCGAGCCCGUCACGGCGGGCCAGGUAGCUCGCUGGAGCCCAGAGUUCGCUGGGAUCACGAUUCCCGCGCCGCCGAUUGAGGACGUCUCCGCCCCGCCGUCGAAAGUGGCGACGUGACUUUGGCAGCUUUCGUCCACUCGGUCGGCGACGUGGCGCCCGCGUCCCCGGGGAAGCCUUUCAGGGACUCCCGCCUGUGUCGGUCGAGCCUGCGAGCGCCGUGUGAAGUGUGCUCGAGAGCACCUUCGGGGUCGAAUGAACUAACGACCGUUCCCGAUGGGCGUCUCCGUGAAGGUUUUUUAGGGGCGGGGAUCCACCGCGACGACGCGGUCGGCCGCGCCGCCAUCAAUGAGGGCGCUUUUGCCUCUGCGAGCGCGCGGAGUCAGGCGCGCCCCCCCGCCGGCGUCGCGCCCGGGCAGUGCCCCGCGGUGACGAGCGCGCGGCUGCUUGGCGCCCCGCUGCUUUGAUUAUAUAUAUAUAUAUAUAUUGGAGCAACGGUGCCGUAGUGGUCGAGCGUGGAGGCACGCUAAAGAUUGCCACUUGCAGGUGCCGAGUUGCAAUCUCGAACACCCGCGCGCGGGGUGCCCCUUCUUGAGUGACUUGGAGUCGUUGCGUCGAUCGCCGGGGACCUUGCGCUCGAGCCUCCCGCAGUCGUUGCUUCGACCGUUCGAGAUGAACGCAUGCCUGCGUGGUUUGCGCCGCCCCCAAUCCCAUCGCGUGCGUUGUUUUUCUAGGUACUUCCAGGGUCGCCGUAUGGAUGGCAGACGAAGGCUUCCUGUGCCAGAGAACAGUGCGUGUCUCGUGGCUUGCGCGGUGGCCGACGCUUGCGGCGAGCGUGCGUUGGUGUCAAAACUCGCCGGGUGGAUGCCAUGUCAAGGCGCAGUUGACCGAACGUGCCAGCGAGGUAGCGCAUGCGCCAGCUUGUAAUGGCGCUGGUACCACGGCA